AUGGGUAAAUCACAUGGUUAUAGAUCUCGUACUCGUUACAUGUUCCAACGUGACUUCAGGAAGCAUGGUACCAUUCCAUUGUCUACCUACUUGAAGGUCUACAAGGUUGGUGACAUUGUCGAUAUCAAAGCCAAUGGUUCUAUCCAAAAGGGUAUGCCUCACAAGGUUUACCAAGGUAAGACUGGUAUCGUUUACAACGUUACUAAGUCUUCCGUUGGUAUCAUUAUCAACAAAAUUGUUGGUAACAGAUACUUGGAAAAGAGAUUGAGUUUGAGAGUCGAACACGUCAAGCACUCCAAAUGUAGAGCUGAAUUUUUGCAAAGAGUCAAGGACAAUGCUGCUAGACGUGCUGAAGGUAAGGCCAAGGGUAUCGCUGUUCAAUUGAAAAGACAACCAGCUCAACCAAGAGAAGCUCACUCUGUCUCUACUGAAAACAACGUUCCUCAAACUUUGGCUCCAACUCCUUAUGAAACCUUCAUCUAA